AUGAACAAUCGAGAUGAACUACACAGCGAAUAUGGUUUUAUCGCAAUAAAGCCGGGCACGAAAGAGGUUGCACUGUCGACUGUUAUGGACAACGGAUUCGUGACGAUCGAACAGGGCCCGUUGGUCGGCAAGUCAAUCAAACUAACUCUACACGAUAUUGGUCGAAUAAGCUUUAGUCGUGAUUUACCAGUACACGGGACGAUACGAGAAUGGCGAUUGCUGGACAGCGACACGCUGGAGCAGCGGCUGAUGAUGGAGACGCUCACGCACCGAAUGCAAAUGCACACAUUUAUUCGUUAUAAAAAGAUCUAUCCAAAAUGA